AUGCACCCAAUUGACAAGCCGCAUGCUGACCUUAGUGCGCGACUGGCUGGCCUUCAGGUCAGCCCUGCGCCGCCCGAACCCAGUGGUGAUUUCGGUCUCAUUGGCCUUGCGGUCAUGGGUCAGAAUUUGAUUCUGAACGCCGCUGAUCAUGGCUUCACCGUCGUUGCCUUCAACCGAACUGUCUCCAAGGUCGACCGCUUCCUGGAGAAUGAGGCCAAGGGCAAGUCCAUUGUUGGAGCCCAUUCGAUCGAGGAGUUCGUGGCCAAACUCAAGAAACCCCGUCGUAUGAUGCUUUUGGUCAUGGCCGGUCCCGCCGUCGACGACUUCAUCGAGAGGCUCCUCCCCUACUGUGAAAAGGGCGAUAUCAUUAUUGAUGGUGGAAAUUCCCACUACCCCGACAGCAACCGUCGUACCAAAUACCUAGCAGAGAAAGGUAUCCGCUUUGUCGGCACUGGCGUUUCCGGAGGUGAGGAGGGUGCUCGUUAUGGACCUUCUUUGAUGCCUGGGGGAAACGAAGAGGCCUGGCCAUACAUCAAGGACGUUUUCCAGAGUAUUGCUGCCAAAUCCGAUGGUGAGCCUUGCUGCGACUGGGUCGGUGAUGAAGGUGCUGGCCAUUACGUCAAAAUGGUUCACAAUGGUAUUGAGUAUGGUGACAUGCAACUGAUUUGCGAGGCCUACGACAUCAUGAAACGUGGUCUCGGCAUGAGCUAUAAGGAGAUGGGUGAUGUCUUUGCGGAGUGGAACAAGGGUGUCCUUGACUCAUUCCUCAUUGAAAUCACCCGUGAUGUCCUUCGAUACGACGACGAUGAUGGCAAGCCACUUGUUGAGAAAAUUCUUGACUCUGCCGGUCAGAAAGGCACUGGCAAAUGGACUGCCAUCAACGCUCUUGAUCUCGGUAUGCCCGUCACUCUGAUUGGCGAGGCCGUCUUUGCUCGUUGCUUGAGUUCCAUCAAGGAUGAACGUACUCGUGCUUCCAAGGUGCUCUCUGGCCCGACACCCUCUUUCACUGGAGACAAGGCUGCAUUCCUCAAGAAUCUCGAACAGGGCUUGUAUGCCUCCAAGAUCAUCUCUUAUGCCCAGGGUUUCAUGCUUAUGCAGACGGCCGCCAAGCAAUAUGGAUGGAAACUCAACAAGCCCUCCAUUGCCUUGAUGUGGCGUGGUGGUUGUAUCAUUCGAUCCGUCUUCUUGAAGGAUAUCACUUCCGCAUACCGCAAAGAGCCCGACCUUGAAAACCUUUUGUUCAACGACUUCUUCAACAAGGCUAUCCACGAUGCCCAGGAUGGCUGGAGAGACGUCAUCGCUUUCGCAGUUAGGGCUGGUAUCCCCAUGCCAGCCUUCAGCACUGCCCUGGCUUUCUUCGAUGGUUAUCGUACCAAGGACCUGCCGGCCAACUUGCUCCAGGCUCAACGUGAUUACUUCGGUGCCCACACUUUCCAGAUCAAGCCCGAGUAUGCCAACGACAAAUUCAAGAUUGGCGCCUACACUCACGUCAAUUGGACUGGCCGUGGCGGAAAUGUUUCUGCCUCCACCUACAAUGCAUAG